AUGAGCAUUAUGAACACAGAACGAAACCAAAAUAGUAUUGUCUCCAGAGUCAAAACAUUUGAGGGUCAGACAAACACAGAAACCUCAGGGCUGCCCAGGAAACCAGAAAUUGUUCCACGCACAGCCCCACCACGGCCCACUGUUUCCUCAGGGAAACCCCUGGUGGCUCCCAAGCCAGCUGCUAACAGAGCUUCUGGGGAAUGGGACUUGUGGACAGAAAACAGAUGCAAGGGAUCCUCCCAGGAAGGGCUUGUUCCACACCCUCCACCUCAAGAAGCAGGCAGCAUCCCAGUAACCAAACCUGAAUUGCCAAAGAAACCAAAUCCUGGCCUUAUCCGGAGCAUUAAUCAUGAGAUCUCAGGAGGAGGACCCCGGGCCAAGGGCCCUGAUGGUGGGAAGAAAGUCCCAACUCCUGCACCAAGGCCUUUGUUGCCGAAGAUAUCAGUUUCAUCAGAAAACCCUGCCUGUCCUCUGAAGCCAGUGGCUGCCCCGCCCCGACUCUCAGUGGCAUCACAAGCCAAAGCAUUCAGGUCUCUGGGAGAAGGAACCCCAGCCACUCCCCCAGUUCCAGUUCUGCCAUCCAAGCCCCCAGGGGACAUUGAUCUUAUCAGCUUUGAUGAUGAUAUUUUACCCGCUCCACCAGCGAGCCUGGCUGAAGAAUCCACCAGUUUGGAGAUGAUCCUAGAUCCCUUUCAGCUCCCCACAAAAGCAGAAUCAACAAAGGAACUCACAGUUCAUCCAGCACCCACCAGGAAGCCCACUGUGAUUCGAAUUCCAGCAAAACCAGGAAAAUGUUUACAUGAGGAUCCACAAAGCCCACCUCCUCUUCCUGCUGAGAAACCCAUCGGAAACACGUACAGUACAGUCUCGGGGAAACUCAGUAAUGUUGACAGAACUAGAAACCUGGAACCCAACCAUGAGGGUCAAGCAGGAGGUUUUGUGCGAGGGCCCCCCAGGUUGCCACCCAGACCUGUAAAUGGAAAAGUCGUACCAGCGCGACAGCCUUCUAAGGGUGCCCCAGAGAGACCACCUCCCCCAAAACUUUCUGCAGCCAGAACAUCCUGUAAAAAACUGCCUUUCAAUCGGUCCUCUUCUGACAUGGAUCUUCAGAAAAAACCGAUGAAUUUGACACCUGGACUCUCAAAAGCUAAGAGUCAAGUCUUUAGAAAUCAAGAUCCGGUGCUACCCCCUCGCCCUAAGCCAGGACACCCGCUCUACAGGAAGUAUAUGCUGCCUGUGCCUCAUGGAAUUGCCAAUGAAGAUAUUGUCUCGGAAAACCCCGGAGAACUGUCUUGUAAGCGUGGGGAUGUCCUUGUGAUGCUGAAGCAGACUGAAAAUAAUUACUUGGAAUGCCAAAAGGGAGAAGAUACUGGCAGAGUUCACCUGUCUCAGCUGAAGAUUAUCACCCCACUUGAUGAACAUCUUCAAUGCAGACCAAAAGAUCCCAGCCUCCCUCAGAAGCCUGUUGACAGUAGUACGCCUCAUGCUGUGGUUCUUCAUGAUUUCCCAGCAGAACAAGUUGAUGAUUUGAACCUUACUUCUGGAGAAAUAGUUUAUCUUCUGGAAAAAAUGGAUGCAGAUUGGUACAGAGGGAAAUGUGGAAGCCAGACUGGUUUAUUUCCUGCCAAUUACGUCAAAGUAAUUGUUGAUAUUCCUGAAGGAGGAAAUGGGAAAAAAGGACCAAUUUCACCUCAUUCUUUUAAACGCUCAAAAUGUGUUGCUCGGUUUGAAUUUAUUGGAGACCAGAGGGAUGAGUUAAGUUUCACUGAGGGAGAAACCAUUAUUCUCAAAGAGUUUGUGAAUGAGGAAUGGGCCAGAGGAGAACUUCGAGACAGAACUGGGAUUUUCCCUCUUAACUUUGUGGAGUUUGUGGAAGACCAUCCUACUUCUGAUACAGCUGUUUUAAGCUCAAAGGUACCACUGAAGACCAAAAAUGAAGAUUCCAGCUCAAAUUCUCAGGAUAAUAGUCUUUCUGGAGAAUGGUGCGAAGCUCUUCACAGUUUUACCGCGGAGACCAGUGAAGACUUAUCCUUCAAAAGGGGGGACCGGAUUCUGAUCCUGGAGCGUUUGGACUCUGAGUGGUACAAAGGCAGACUGAAAGACAGGGAGGGGAUCUUCCCAGCCGUUUUUGUGCGACCUUGCCCAGCCGAGGCAAAAAGUCUGUCCACUGCAGCGCCAAAAGGGAAGAAGGCCAAAGCUUUAUUUGAUUUCCAUGGGGAGAAUGAAGAUGAGCUGUCCUUUAAGGCUGGAGAUAUAAUAAGAGAGCUGGAAUCUGUAGAUGAAGAUUGGAUGAGUGGAGAACUCAUGGGAAAAGCUGGUAUAUUUCCCAAAAACUACAUUCAGCUUCUACCAGUCAGCUAAGGAUGAAGCUUGACUAUGUUCCUUGGCACAAGAACUCACUUGAACUAUCACUUUGACUAUCAGAAUUGUUUUUGCACUAUUUUUUUUAACAGAAAGAGAAAUAUCUACACUGUACGUGAUAUACGAGAGUUUUCUGAAAGCAG